AUGGGUGUUUCUUUCUCCAAGUUGUUCAGCAACCUUUUCGGUCACAAGGAAAUGAGAAUUUUGAUGGUUGGUCUUGAUGGUGCCGGCAAGACCACCGUGUUGUACAAGUUGAAAUUGGGCGAGGUGGUAACCACAAUCCCAACUAUUGGCUUCAAUGUUGAGACCGUAGAAUAUAAGAAUAUUUCCUUUACCGUCUGGGACGUUGGUGGACAAGACAAGAUUAGACCCUUAUGGAGACACUACUUCAGGAACACAGAGGGUAUCAUCUUCGUUGUUGAUUCUAACGAUAGAUCUCGUAUUGCAGAGGCCAGAGAAGUUUUGCAGAGAAUGUUGAAUGAAGAUGAAAUUAGAAACGCAGUGCUAUUGGUUUUUGCCAACAAACAAGAUUUGCCAGACGCCAUGUCUGCUGCAGAGAUUACCGAAAAAUUGGGCUUGCACUCCAUCAGACAACGUCCAUGGUACAUUCAGGCUACUUGUGCUACCUCUGGUGAAGGUUUGUACGAAGGUUUGGAAUGGUUAAGCACUAAUUUGAAGAACCAAGCUUGA